AUGUCGCUCUCUAAGAGACCAGAUGACGUGAUGGAUGGCACUGGUAACCGAGAAGUGGCCACCAUUCUCCGCUCUCUGGCACCGGAGGAGGUAGACAUGCUACGUGACACCUUCAUCUACAUGGACCGCGACAGCGACGGCUUCGUCAGCCGCGAGGAGAUGAUGGCGAAGGUGGCCUCCUGCGUUGGCGCAGAGAGGUUCCCGCCGCUGCGGGAGUACCUUGUACCGCUGUUUCAGGUAGCUGACAAGGACCGCGAUGAGCGGCUUAGUCUGACGGAGUUUCUCAUGGCGUUUGCAGACGGUCCUGGUGUGGUGCCGGCGGAGGUGGUAAACAGCUGCGUCGCGGAUGUGCAGGUGCGACUAACUGAUGAGGAGGUAUCGGCCCUGCAGAGCAACUUCAGUCGCAUCGACACAAAGCAGGAUGGCGUUAUCGAUUCGGAGGAGCUCGAGGUGGCGCUGCGGACGUACCUUGUCCCGACGUUUCCGAACCUGACGGAUGAGAAUUUCAAGGAGAUCGUCUCCGUUGUGAUGGCCAGCGCCGACGCGGAUCAGAACGGUGUCAUCUCCUUGUCGGAGUUUAUUCGUAGCUACCAGGAGGACCAAGGCGUGCUGCCAGCCACCUAUCUAGAGCCCGCGCAGAAAAACCUGACCGAAGCGCGUCAGCUCACCGACGACGAGGAGACGGUGUUGCGGGAGGCGUUCGCCGUGCUGGACCGCAACAACGACGGCUUCGUCGACCUCGAGGACCUCUAUCACGCCCUCUGGGACGCCCUCGGCAGCACCACCGACGACCAGAGUCAAAUACGCGACUUGUGCAAUUUGGUCAUGAGGAGCUCCGACCGCACCAAGAGCGGCCAGCUCACCGUCAAGGAUUUUGUCCGCAGCUUCUUGCGGAACAUACAACUCAUGCAGAUUCCUGUGGCGGUCGCCCACGAGCGGGUGCGAGUGGCCUGUGAGAAGCUGCAGCAAAUGCAGGAUUCAGGGGAGCUCGAGAGGCUCGUGAAGGUGUUCGAAGAUCUGGACAGCGACGGCGACGGGUUCGUGGUGCGUUCGGAGCUGGUGAAGGUGCUCAAGGUGCUCUUCCACGACGCCUUCCCUGGUGUGGACGAAGAGAUGUUGACCUCCAUCAUGACGGCCAUCGUCGUUGGGGCGGAGAGAAACAACGGUGGUCGGCUGUCCCUGGAGGAGUUCAUCCGCAGCUUUGUCGAAGGCUCCGGCGUUUUACCUCCCGAGGCAGUCAAGAAGUGGGACUCCGUCCCCAGGCGUGGGUCGUACUCUACUGAAGACGCUUUGAUGCAGUCGGGCUAUAAACCCAACCCCGCCACCGACGCAGAUCUCGCUCUCAUCGGCGAAGCCUUAAGCCGGCUGUAUGCGGAGAAGGGGGCGGAUGGUGUCAUCGCGGAGGACGAACUACGCUCCGGCAUCGCGGCACUCUACGUGGACGAUCCCAACCGCGGAGAAGAGAUGUUCCACUUUGCUCUCCAGCAAUUUGUGUUGCCCCGCAAAAAUGGGGGGCUGAUGUGGAGCGCCAACGUCCUUUUCGAAGACGAGGCGGAAGAGGAAGACAGGGGCGUGAGAGCAAGCAGGCUCGACCCGAGCGACCCGGCGGUGAUGCGUUCAUCGAUGAGCUCCAGUCGCCAGCCACGCGCUUCGGUGCUCGUCUCCGCUAACGAAGUGGUAGAGCCAGCACCGAGCGAGCUAUCGCGGAAGGCGUGGAUGUCGUCUACGCAAUCGCCAAAACAUCAGAUCUUGUCACCCGCCGCCGAUGCCGCGGUGCAUGCAGCCGCUCCACGGAGUCAGAGCAGUAGCGAUAACGCUUUAUCGUGCACCCACACCCAGCCGAAGCUGAUAGACGAGACGGCGGUGACGCCGGCCGCUUCUGCCAUGCACAGCUGGGGAGAGACGAGGCCCUUGAGCGUCAAUGAACUGUGCACUUUUCGCCCUGAUAGCACCAUUCUCACUGAAAAGCUAAAGCAGCAGUUCGACUACUACGACGUAGGGCACAAGGGCUAUCUGGAUCGGGAUACUUUCAAGAAGAUCUACGCGACGAUGGAGAACUACGGGCUCGACCCGUCGCCGAUGGAAGUGGACAGGCGCUUUCAUCGCUACUCGCGGAUGUCGAACAAGAUCUUCUUCAACGAGUUCUGCAUCCUCAUGCUUCAGCGGGCCCGUCUGUGA